UUUUCUUUGUAGCUUUUAUCUUGUUCCAGAAUGUCUCCUCAGUCUGAAUGAAGGGUUAAAUUUGCAGUAACUGUGAAUGGUUGACCAAGUUAAGUGCAAUUAGUGACUUUUCAGGAAAAGGUUAAUCUUACCUGAGUUGAUAAAGACAGGAGUGGAAUUAUAUCUGAUAAUGAACUUCAGCAGGCAUUAUCCAAUGGCACGUGGACUCCAUUUAAUCCAGCAACAGUCAGGUCAAUUCUUGGGAUGUUUGACAGAGAAAACAAAGGUGGUGUGAACUUCAAUGAAUUCACGGGAGUCUGGAAGUACAUCACAGACUGGCAGAACGUCUUUCGAACGUAUGACAGAGACAAUUCUGGAAUGAUUGACAAAAAUGAACUAAAGCAGGCACUAACAGGUUUUGGUUACCGACUGUCUGAUCAAUUCUAUGAUAUCCUUAUUCGUAAAUUUGACAGACAAGGAAGAGGACAAGUUGCUUUUGAUGACUUUAUUCAGUGCUGUGUUGUUUUACAGAGGCUGACUGAUGUGUUCCGACGAUACGAUACUGAUCAAGAUGGCUGGAUCCAGGUGUCCUAUGAGCAGUAUCUUUCCAUGGUCUUCAGCAUUGUAUGACACUGAUAACUAGGAAUUGCACACUGGCAUUACACAGACUGGAGUUGCCAAAUCAUCCUGUACUGAAUAUGAUUAUUGAUGUAUUAUAAUGGAUGUAACUUCGCGUUCUUAAAUUUUGUAUGUUGGUCAUCACCAUCAGAAUCUGUACUUGAGUUGGUUUUUAUUUUGUAUUAUUGUACAAUAUGACCAUCUCUGCUUAUUGUAGUACAGAAAGCACAGAAUCUCGAUUUAACUGGUGCGAUGUCAAACUUAACCUAUUUCACAUAUCCUGCAUGGGAAAAAUGACUCUUUAGAAAUGCCAAAUUAAAAUAAUGCUUGUUAGUUUAUAAAAGAGUUGGAAGUCAGAAGUUGCACAACAUGUUUUGCAUGUGCCUUACUUUUAUAAGAGUUUAAUGUAUUAAUUUUUAAUACAGAAUUUAAAAUUAAGUAAAAAUAUUGGAUCAA